AUGACUGGCACAAUUAAAUUCAUCACUGCCGUAUACUUCAACUUCAACUUUAACAACGGUCAAUUUGUCCGCAUCAGAAUCAACCAGUUCAGUAACGGUCAUUUCGAACUCCUUGACAUGAACGACUACUUUCAACCUCAGGUAGUCCUGGACAAUCGUGCCAUCUGGAUAGAUCGAAAGUUUAAAAAACCGGCUAGAUUCCUUGUGCUUUACGACCAUCAUAAGCACAAUGAUGGGACCAACAAAUGUCCUUACAUGAUCUUCAGAGUUGGAAAAGACCGCAUGCUGGAAGACAUGACCAUAGAGCAUUUCCUGUCGAUGGCUCAUCGCAUUACCAAGGGUAUGAUUUCUGAGAAUGAGAGGUCGUGGUUUGGAUUAGUAUUGAUCGCAAGGCAAACAGGCGAUGUCCACCAAACCAACAAACCCUCAAUCAAGAUAACAGCAGUGGUAGUCCUCGCCAACACCGUUCUCGUCACCCUCAGAAUAUCACCCAUAUCUCCCAGGACCUGCGCAGAGUCUACCAAUUCGAGCACCCAGAACAUCGUGCUAGCAAUUAAAGACGGUGCGAACAACAACGGGAUGAACGUUUCGGCGAGACCAGAGUCUGAUUUCGAGAUUUUGAUUAUGCACCGAGCGAUGCGGGGAAAUGUAAUAGCAACAGGGAAGGCGAGGAGUACUCAACAGUGCAGUAUGGGUGUUCCUGCAGAGGGUGCUCAUAGCCGCGGGGCGCACGCAUAUAGGCGUAGCCAGGAGGUGGGAACUGUGAAGCCUAUAAUGACGGAGGUCACGAUAGACGAGAUGAGGAAAAAGAGCACGAUGCAGUCUCCCCACACUGUGAAUGAGUUUAAUGCGAAACAUAGGGUGGGCAGAAUGAGGAAAAUGGGGAGUGAUUUGACGGAUUUCAGGGUGAUCUUGGUGCGGGUGAUAGGUAUUAUGACGAAUGACGAUGAGAUUGUGGCAGCGAAGAGCACGGUCCGGUGA